AUGUGUGAAACCGUAAUAGAAGCGAGUGUAUUUGCACAAUAUGUUUAUCUAACAUCGUCACCGUUGUGUGAUUUAAAUUUUAUUGAAUUGAAUCAACAUUGUCCAUAUGGUAUCGAAUUAAAUCAAUAUAAUUUCAACAAUUAUUACAAAUAUUGCAAUAUCAGUCCACCAUCAGCUACACUGGAAACAUUCGACAAUUUUCAUAGUCAAGUUUAUCAAAAAGUAUUCAUUUUAAUUGGUGAAUAA